GGUUCUGCAGUUAAAGUUGUCACAACACAAGCUGCCUGGCUUCUGUCACAGUCAUCGGAGGAAUAAAUAGUCCACAUUGCUCCCUGCCCAGACUCUGGCAUCUUCAGCUGUCUCAUUCCAGCGGGGCUCCGCCACUGAACAACACUGAUAUCCAGUUCAGAUGGAAAACAGGGCAAAGCUGAGGCCACAAGGCUCGUGUUUACCGUGGUUCCUCUCCAAAUGACCAGGGGAGGAACUGGAAAAAAAGAAAAAAGAACAAACUAGCAGGAGCAGGACGGCCGCAACAACUUCUCAAAUUCUCCGUCCAAGAACAUCAAGUAAUUGGGAACGUUAUGGUGUUGAGAUGAGAGUGUUGAGCUGCAUGUGACUAGUGAUGAUUGCAAUGACAGGCCCCGCGUGAAGGAUGCGGCAAUGAGCACAGAGGCGGAGCAAGAGCAUCAGACACCACCCACCUGCGAUCUGCUCAGCCUUCUGCUGGCAAACAGACGCCCCACAGGAGCUGUCAACGAGGUUUGGCCCAACCUCGACAUCGGAGACGCGGCUACGGCUCAGGAUGAAGCCCCGUUAGUGAGUCUGGGGGUAACACACGUGGUGAACGCUGCACACGGCCCGCGGCACAUUGACACGGGGUCACGUUUCUACAAAGACACCAACGUGCUGUACCACGGAGUCGAAGCACCAGACUGUAAAGAUUUUGACUUGUGCCCAUUCUUCACCGAGACGGCGGAUUUCAUUCAUGGUGCUCUGAGUCACAAAGGUAAGGUGCUCGUCCACUGUGCACGAGGAAUCAGCCGCUCGGCGACUCUCGUGUUGGCCUUCCCCAUGAUCAGAGAGAGACUCCCCCUCGUCGAGGCGGUUGAGGCUGUUCGCAAGAACAGAAACAUUCUUCCGAACGUUGGAUUUCUGAACCAGCUCCGUCAACUGGACUCAUCCUUGGCCGUGCAGAGGAGAUCAACCUAAUAUGCAGAAGUGGGGAUAAGAGCCAUGGGACAGACUUUCUCUGGAUGUUAAAGGACCCGACAGGGGUUCUCCAAUCCGUUCGAUUUUUGUAUGGUUCUCCAUUUAUUUCUGCAUGUAUUCAAAGUCAGUUAGCAUCGUGAAUUCACACUACAUAACACACAGUGGGGUCCAUUUACAUGAGUGGAAAGUGAUGCCAGGCACUUCAAAGAUUUGGUUCUUGACUUGGAUCUUUGACUGACCUGAGAUGUCUUGACUUGUUACGACAGAGUUCGUCCACAGACUCAACUACGACUCGUCUUUGAUUAUUUGAGACUUGAUUUCUCGAGACCAGAGUGGAAUUUGAGAUUCGACUUGAACGACUCGUGUCUUGACUUAGACUAGCAUUGAAUGAUUUGUGGCGUGUCCUGAAUAUUUUGGGUAUUGACUUGAACUAGUUAGUACUUGUAUCAAACUGUCUCCAAUGACUUGGUACAGAAACGCUUUAAAGAGAGCCCUGCUUCAAAUUCA